CAAACAGAAGAUAUGCAUGUUUUCAUUGGAGGCGCUUCCUGUACCAAUGUUACUAGCAAUGGUGCCAGUUUGCAAUGUGUGCUUCCUCAGCUUCCCAGUGGAGAAUAUAAUGUGACAGGUGGAAGUGUGCAGAGAGGCUGGGCUUCCUCAAGUUUGGUGUUCACUUCUGUCCUGACAGUUAUCUCGGUGAAAAACAGCCAUAGCAACCUUGAGGGAGGAGAACUAUAUAUACAUGGAAAUGGAUUUUCUCCAGGAAAUACUUCAGUUGCCAUCUGUGGUUCUCUCUGUGAAAUGCUGAAUGUGGUCACCACAACUGAUUUGAGCUGCUUAACAGGGCCCUUGAAUGCAUCUAUAGCGGUUCUCUGUGGCUUGACGUACUCUGUAGAAGAGGACAGCGAAGACUGCCAAAGAGCUGGCGCAGCCCUGAUCCAGUGUGACAUCCAAAUCAAAGCAAAUGUUGAUGUUGUUACAGCAGCCACCCCGUUCCUAUUCCUUUGUGAUGAUUUGGCUUAUUCCUCUUUAAGGCCUAACAAGGACUCUAUCAACUCAUCCCACGUCCAUUUUUCUGCCCUUCUUAUCAGCCCUAAAGUGGAAAGAGAUGAAGUUCUCAUCUAUAAUAGCUCCUGUAACAUUACCAUGGAAACUGAGGCAGAGAUGGAGUGUGAGGGACCUAAUCAGCCAAUUACCGCCAAGAUUACUGAGAUAUGGAAAAACUGGGGCCAGAACACUCAGAACACCUUCCAGAUUCAAUUUUGUGGACGAUGGUCAAAGAACAUGACCUGGCUUAAUGGACACCCACCACAAGAUGGCGAUAAUGUCACAGUAGAAAGAGGACAUAUUUUACUAUUGGAUACUAACACAAGCAUUCUUAAUAUGCUUCAUGUCAAAG